AAGUAGCACAUAUUAUUGUUGUGAACUUUUUUUUUGGUUUCAAAGGGGGGAUCAUCUGCAUUAGACAUUUUGCCAACGCAUUAAAAUUUUUUCCGUAUAAAAUUAUUAAAAAAAUGUUGCCUAAAUUAAAAAUAUCUUCGUUUUUAUUAAAGCGUUUGGAACAAGUUAAACAACAAUGCAGCGGCUGUUUGUUUGGGGUGUUCUAUGCAGAAGGCACUCUGCUUUUAAUGGGCUUUAAUGUAGAGUCCACUAUAGGUCAAUUGAACUAUGAGCAAAUACAACACAAAUUUCCAGCCGAAUUGGAUUUAUGUGGCCUAGUAAAAUUUGGCCACUGUACAGAUGCCGAGGCCCAUUUGUCAGAAAUUUUAAAAGAUGUUGACAUCACCGAUAAUCCCAUAUUACUGAACUGUGAGUUGGGCACUUUGGUGGGUUUGAAAGCCUCCUUCAUGAUGCACGGCAAACUGGAGCAAGUACCCUAUGAGGUUUUGGAGGCAGCUGAAAUUUAUCGUGAUUUUUGCUUCACCCGUCUCAAAUGCAGUUGGACCAUAUAUACGGAAGAUAAUCCGCUGGCCGUGCGCAAGGAAAUGCAUGCUUUGCGCAAAACAAUAUCAGGCGGUAGUUUAGCAUUUAAUAUAGCACCCACUAAGGUUUACAUAACUAAUGGUGGUGCCCAGGGUUGUGGUUAUGCCGGAGCUAAAAAGUCUAUUAACAAUGAUUCUAUUAUUAAGGAUAUCUCAAGUUCUCUGCAGGAGGCCAUACAUUAUCAGCAGGAGGACAAGGAAAAUGCCGGCGAAAAGAAAAGUAAAAAAUUGUCGGCGGCCGAUAUACAAUUGAAUGCAAUUUUUGGUGCAUUGGGUUGUGAUUUCGAUAUUUUAAACAUAGAUGUUUUACGCUGCAAAACCAGAGAACUCUCGGAGUCGGAUAGCAGCAACAAGACCAUGCCUUCAAUGAGCAUGUGCCUAAGGCCGGCAGAACGCAAAUUUAGCAUACCCAUAGAUGUAGAGUCUAUGGCUAUUUUAAGUAAAUCCACUAAGGUGGGCAGGCUGUAUGAUAUACUGAUAGAGAGUAUCUGUCGUGCUUUGCGUUUGUGUGAGCAGAGUAUUAGCGAACAUUUGGAGGAGAGUGAGACGAAACAGUUAAUGGCUCCUAGAAUGUAUAAUUUCUUUCCACAGGAAUUUGGCCACUUUAUAUCCUGUUGCUAUUUGGAUGGUCUAGCUGAUGACAACUCUGACAUGCAAGAUAAACGUAAACGUUUACAUCGUCACUUUGGCUUGAGCGUAACACGACCCUACUUUAGACGUUCCAAUGCUUGUAUAUUCCGUAAUGAUAUUACCACCGAUACUCCAUUGCUCAAUACUCAUAUUGGCCUCAAACCAAGUGGUGUUCAAGAUGGCAAACUGUAUCUGGUUCAGGGCAACUAUCAUUAUUAUCAUUAUCUGCAGCAGCAAAUGCAGGACAAGGGCUGGGGCUGUGCCUAUAGAUCGUUGCAGACCAUAUGCUCCUGGUUUCUGCUGCAGGGUUAUACGGAAAGACCGGUACCCACACAUUUGGAAAUACAACAAUAUUUGGUUAAAAUUGGCGACAAGCAGCAAAAUUUUAAAGGAUCCUCCCAAUGGAUUGGUUCCACCGAAGUUGGCAUGUGUUUACAGGGUUUCCUAAAUGUGGACUCUAAAAUCCUGCAUUGUGCUUCGGGCGGCGAACUCUCCACCAUAGCCUCAGACUUGGCCAUGCAUUUUCAGACUCAGGGUACACCGAUUAUGAUUGGUGGCGGUGUUUUGGCUCAUACCAUUAUAGGCAUUGAUUAUUGUGUGCAAUCGGGUCAAGUGAAAUUCCUCAUUUUAGAUCCUCACUACACGGGUGAAGAUGAUUUACACACCAUCCAGGCCAAGGGUUGGUGUGGCUGGAAGGGUAUGGAUUUCUGGGAUAAGAAAAGCUAUUACAAUUUGUGCAUGCCACAAAGACCCAUUAUGUUUUAGACAACAAUUUGUAUUUAAUAAGCGAUUUUUUUUUUACUAAAUUAUUUUAGUUUCGUUUUUGUAUUGUUAUUUAUUUUCGAAAUGUUUCACUGCUGUAUGUGUAAAGUUUUGCAAUUGGGAUUUAAGACGUUAUAUUUUUAUUUAUGUAUGUACGACAUUUUAAAGAUCUAGAUUGUACCAAGUUUAUUUAAACAAUUUUUAUAGCACAUUUUUUUUGUAUUACAACAAUAAAGUAAAUCGAUAUACGAUGAAGUAGAAAAA